AUGAUAUUUUACUUGUUCAUUUUUAUUAUUUUGUCUUGGUUAUCAAAAAAAUGCAGAUUUCAUUUUUGCAAUUUCAAUAAAGAUAAAAGCAAAUAUUUAUUAUCACCACUUAUUGAUUUUAACAAAAAUGAAAGAAAUUAUGGAUUUCUUAGGAAAAGGGGGAAUUUAGAUUCUCUUUUUUCAUGGAACACCAAAAAAAACAUAUCUCGAUGGCUAUUAAGAAAUAGUAAGAUCCUUUCAAUAACCAAACAAAAUCAUCAAGUACGAAAUCACAUCAGGUUAAAUUCUGUGUAUUUUGUUAGAAAUUACUCCCUCUUUCGAACAAUCAUAUGCACGAGAAAUAUUAACAAGAGAUGGAGAAACAAAACGAUUUAUGGUGAGGGAGUUAAAUAUAAUGCUGAAAAAGAUAACAUAUCACAUCACAGAAAGAAUGAAAAUUAUAUCAUAUACAAAGAGAAAUCGUAUUUUUUAAGGAAAAAAAAGUUCAGGAUUUCUAUGCUUAGAAAAUGUGACAUGGUUUUUAGAAAUGAUAAUGGAAUAAACACUAUUCUUAGCGAGAUCAAGGACUCGCUGUAUUAUGAACAAACCAAAGGGAAUAGACUAUAUGCGAAUAGAGAGAGGGAAAACAUUCAGAAGCAGUUGGAGAAAAGUCCAUUGAAGGUAAGCAGAUCGGAUUGCAUUUGUCUUGUGAGCAAACCGUUUAGGAGUUCCGAAAAUUCCCCUCAUAGUAAUAUCUCAGAAGAAUACACUAAACUCGUUAUAGACAAUAUUUUGAAGGACAGCUGGAUACAUAACUGCACAAAAAAUGAUUAUCUGAGAAAAAUAUUAAAGGAAAUACAAUUAUUACUUUGCAAAUUAAAAGCCUACGAUUACGAAUAUGAACACCAAGGAAAUAAAAUGCUAGAUGUCCAUUUAGUCACUACAGAUGAGAAAACUGUAAAAAGAGGUGAACACAAAAUGGAAGAUAAAUACGAGACAAGGAGGAGUGACAUUUUUGUGUGUAACAGCCUGAACAAGUCAGACGAUUUUUCAAGAAGGGAUAAACUUCCGACAUUUGACAAACACAUUUCUGUUUGCUCGUCUUUUCCAGAAUGUAUAUUUAAAACAUGGAUAUCACCACUUAAUUCGAUGUUCAUUAAGUUGUGGAUUGGAAAAAUUGUAAAAUCUAUUUUUGUAGACAAUUAUGCUGAAGAAGAAUUUGCAAAAAAUAAUAACAUUUUUGUUAAGAUCGAAAAUAAUAAUCAGAAAAAAUUAUUUUUCUAUUUAGUGUGCUUUUAUUCAUUUCUUACAAAUUCGAAUGGGGCCAACUGCAAUUGGUUAAGCGAUAAUAAAAACAUAACAGAGGAAUUGAAAAAGGAGAUAAUUAUAUACCUUUACAAACAUAACGAAGAAGAGGCAGAGAAAUUUUACAACUGUUUGAAAAACGUAUAUAACAAGGAAUGUAUCAGUUUUUUUAGUUACAACAAGUAUAUACAUAAUGACAAAUUUUCGUCCAUAAUUUUUUUGUCGUAUGAGGAAUUUUUUAACUUGACUGUUCAUAUUGUUAAUAAAACACCCAAUGAUUUGGAAACAUACCUGAACAACAAGGUAAAUUGGAAAUCCGGAUAUCUCAACCUGUAUAGUUUUUUUUCAAAUCUUCUUGUGAAUUCGCCCAGUUGCAACAUUGAUAAUGGUAAAGCAAAAGGAAACAAAAUGCAAUACACAUUUAAAAUAUUUUUGAAUGAUUUUAAUAUAAAGUACAAUUAUGAAAAAGGUGUGAUAGAGAAAAAUCUAUAUGAACACAUUUUUUCUGCAAUUAAUAUGAAUAAUGAGGAGAAGAGGAAAAACAUUACUUUUUACUUUUUUUCAAGAACAAAUUUUCACACACAGUGGUUUAAAAUUUGGUUGGAGCAGAUUCACAAAAGUUGCUAUUUUGUAAAUCUACAAAAAAAGAAAAAAAUGUUUAUUUUACACAAAAAAUUUAUUUUUCCAUUGAAGGAAAAAAUUGAUCAUCAUUUUACAAUGCAGUAUAGUGAUAUCAAUUUGGAAAGGUGGGGUAGGCAGAAAAAAAAAAAAACUAUUCAAGAGAACAAGGGGAUAAGCCCAAGUUUGUACCCAUUUUUCGAAUAUAUAAAAAAUAAGAAAAGAAAUUUUAUAAACCAAGAGGUAGAAAACUAUAUGUCAAUUUUCAAUAAAUAUAGAAAAGGAAUUAUAGUAGAAUAUUUGAAAAGGAACAAUUUAUAUAAUACAAAUAAAUUAAAAAAAAAAGACAAAAAAAUAAAAAGAAAAUUUAAUAUUGCUAGGAGAUUUUUAAAAAAAAAAAAAAAAAAUUUACAUAACUUGGAUACCUCUCACUAUAUAAAUUUUUUAAUUAAUAAAAAAAAAAAAGGAAAUAUAUUAUUUAAAAAAAAAGUUAUUGAUCAUGAUUAUGUUGUAAAAAAGGAAUGUUUACAGAUUUGUGACAAAGUCCAAAUAUUAACAAACAAUGUAUCCGUUUUGUAUCGCAAAUGUGGACAUGAACAGUUAAGUGAGAAAUUACAAGAAGAGAGAUUUCUUCCAUUAUAUAGUAAUGGAACAUCUCUGUGGGGAAAAACCCGUCUCGAUUUCUCGUGGCCACGACAUGAACAGUUCAAUGGUCAGAAAGAGUAUGGUAGAAAAAAUCAACUGGGUAAAUAUAAAAAAGAAUAUUCUGACAUAAAUGAUGCACAAUUAUAUUUGCAAAAUGAGGGACAAGCAAUUUCAUACUAUGAUAAGCACAUGGGUGUCAAAAAUGAAGUAAAAUAUUUUUAUUCUAAAAAGGAAGAAGGAGAAAAUGGAAAAUUAAUCAAGUUCAACAGCAUACCAGUCUAUCCAUGCAUAUAUUACAUAUUCGAUAAGGACAUAUUUGAAAAAUUUUCAAAAGAAUUAUACACAUCGCUCACAUUUUUACCUGAACAGUUAAUGCAAAAAUGGAGAAAUGUGCUAAAACGAUUUUAUCAAGUAGUAUAUCCAAAUGUUGACUUUAAAAAAUAUAUGCUAAAGGGAUUAUUUUUAGUUAAACAAAAAUUAAACCAAUUUGAAAAGGACUUUGUUGAAGAAUUAUUGAAGAACAAACUUAUUAAAAUAAUUUUGUCUUGUGUGAAUAUUUCUUCGUACGGCUUUAAUGUGAAGACUGUUUUUGUUGAAGAUGUACAGGUCCAUGUUAAGGAUAAUAUUCCAAACUACAAUCAGCUAAUUGAUAUGAUUAACAGUGUACACAAGAAAAUAUUCAGAACAUUGGAUGGAAUCGAUAUGGUGAAAAAAAAGUCCCCCUUUGAAAAAACUGACUUGUUGGAUGAAGAAAAACGUGAUAAUGUUGACGACUUGAAGGAUGACAUGUAUAGGCUUCAUUUUGUUAAAUAUUUUAUGUUCUUAAACUUUUCUAAAAUAUUUAGAAAGUACACUAUGUCAAACAAUGAUUUGCUGAAUUUAUUCACAAAUUGCACAAAUUGCUUUUUAAUUCCAAAAAGAUAUGAAGAUAUUUCGAUUUUUUUAAAUCUUCAAAGUGACAAUUAUAUAAACAUGUCCCAUUUAUGCAAUCCACUACAUAACGAUUUUUACUUUAAUUUGCACAACUUGAGUAUUGAUAAGGGUGUGUCUUUUUACCUGAACGGUUCAGGUGAAAUGAUGAACAUUGUUGCUGCAGCAAGAAAUUUGCAAACCAAAUUUGCUGAUUUCGCGAGAAGUGAAAAAAGUCAACAUGAUAACAUAAAAAAAUUCCAUCCCAAAAAAAAGACCUAUCGAUUUUUUUCUACACAAGGAAAUGGUGAUGAACAGGAAGAAAAUUUGUUCGUCCACAGGAACAUAUGUUUCUAUACCAUGAAAACAGCACUGGAUGUUCAUAAAAUUUAUAAAUACAAAGAAACCAAUGAAUCAAUUUUUCUGAACAGUUACCUAAAUGUAAUGAAUGAAAUAACCUAUUCUGUUAGCUAUUUCGAAUUUUUAUAUUUUUAUUUUACUAUGAAUAAAAAUAUGGAACUAUUAGAAAGCCACUUAGAGAAUAGCAUUUUCGAAUUUUAUUCAUUGAAAAGGAAAGAAUAUGAAAAGGAAUUUGUAAAAUACAACAGGGAAUUCAAAAUGAAUGCAUAUCAGGAAAAGGCUGAAAAAAUAAAAAAAUAUUUUGAUGAGAAUUAUGCAUAUAUGUAUUACGAUACAUAUGUAAAAUAUAACAGAAUUAAAAGAGAUAUAAGGCAAAAGUUGAAAAUAAUGUACAAGCACAAGUACAAUAUGCUUUAUCAAAAUAUUAAGGAAUGGAAUCAAAACAGCUUGGUCCUAACUUCAGUUGAUUCAGAACAAUGUGUAAUUUUGGAUGUUUAUAAAAAUGAAGGGCUCAGGCCGAAAAAGAAAAAACACACAAAUGAACAGGAAGAAGAAGAUUUAUACAUUUGUGUAAACAGUAGGAAUGAAUUAUUCAUAUGCAAUAUAUUUUUCUUUGAUAGGGUUAUAAUGGAUAAAAAAUUGAAUCAUUUCAUUAGGCAGCAAAACAAGCACCUAAGUUACGUCGAUUAUUUAUUUACUAAGAGAGAAGUAAUUGAUUACAAGCUCUUCAUUGAGGAACACGAUUUCGUCUUUGACAUUUGUUGUGCAGAUUGUACAGGCGGAGCAGAUUGCACAAGCAGUGCAAAGUGUACAGAUGACACAUGUGGAACCGCAUGGGGGGAGAAGAAUUGUACCCACUCCAGUGAAACGAAAAAAAAAAAAAAAAAAUUCUCUCAUUUUAUAGUUAACAAAAUAAAAAUGAACAAAAAAUUACCCAAUUUGCAAAAUGCUGGUGAUAACAGAACGGAAGAAAUUUCUCUAGAACAGGAGACAACCAAAAUGAUAAAUCUCGAUGAUAUGUUUUUACAUUCAUACAAUGAAAAUUUAUACGCUUGCAAAAGAAGUUUAGCUCUUUACUGGAAAAAACUGAGAAGUAUGAAAAGAGAAAUGCUUGAACAGUGCGCGAAGAGUGUAGGUAAUAUGACAGAAAAGGUAACAGCUAAUAAGCAAAAAAAUACACUCCCAUGCCGAUCUUGCUCCUUAAGCAUGAGCGACAGUUUUGUAGAAACACAUUUAUUUAACACACGAACAAAUGGUUAUUUGGAACAGGAAAAAAGAUUUCAUAUGCACAGUGCUAAUAAGUUAACGAAAGGUGAAGGAAAUAAUUCUAUACUAAGCAACAGAAGCAACGGAUGGAACAAAGCGGGUUCCAAAAAAAUAAUGAGCGCGAAAAUUAUGAAGAUGUUGAAUAUAUAUAAAAAAAGGAAAAACAGUGGUAAUAGAAAUAGUUAUACAAAUGAAUUAAACAAAUUGGAUAGAAUAUUUGGAAAUAAACGAAAGACAAUCAUAGAAGAAUUUAAAAACAUUUUUUAUUUUCUUCAUCACCUUAAUCUUAUCGAUAUAUUGAGGAGAUAUUCAAAUCCGUACAUACAAAACACCAUGUGGCUUUACAUUAUAACUUUGUAUAUUAACCAACAAUAUGAGAUGAACACAGAAAAGUUUUAUGCACAACCGGAACUGUUGAUAAUUAUUUUUUACAUUUGUUUUUGCAAAAAAGAACACGAUUAUGUGGAGAAUUAUUUAUCCUCCUUUCAAAUCCAAAAUGACCAAUUGCUGGAUAUCGUCGUGGACAUAUUCGCCUACAAACAGUUGCUGUCUUUUGUUCAGAAGAGGUUCAAAAUUAACAUGGAUAUCACGCUGAACCUGGAGGGAAUACAAAAAAUUUACAUCGGAUUAAUUAAAUUAAAAGAAAAAAAAUUUAUGGAAGUAGGAAAAGAGGUAGAGGACAAGUUGCAUGAACUCAGCAUGAUCUUACAUGCAAGCAUAUCCACCAAUUUUAACAAAAGCAUAAAUGGAAUUAUUUUAAGUUUUAUUGGUUAUCUGAACGAGUUGAAGAGAAACAAGAAAAUGACAUAG